AUGUCACCCAUCCGAAAGGUGGCCGUUAUAGGCGCUGGAGGCACAAUCGGGACAUCAAUCACCUCUGCGCUCGUCGCGGCGCCGGACGACUUCGACGUGACGAUCAUCACACGUCCAGAGUCUUCCGCAACCUUCUCCUUCCCGGCCGACAAGGUCCCGGUGAUACGCACCGACUACACCAUCCCCGCGCUGACGGCUGCGCUGCAUGGCCAGGAUGCCGUCGUGUCUGCCGUCGGCGUGGCCGGAAUACCCAAGCAAAAGGACAUGAUGGACGCGGCCGAAGCGGCCGGCGUUGGUCUGUUCGUCCUCAGCGAUUUCGGCUACGGGCCUGAACACCGCCACCUGCCCGAUUUCGACGCCAUUGGAAAACCACGCCAGGAUGUCCUGUCCUACGCCAAAGACAAGGCUGCACGGUCAAACGGGCAGUUCAGCUGGUCGGCUAUUGCCAUUGGAAACCCGAUAGAUUGGGCUCUGAAAAAGUUCCCGACCUUGGGAUUCGACGUUGUCAACCGGAAAGCCACCAUCUACGAUUCGGGGACGGAACGCUUUACGGGGACGACCCUGGCAGGUAUCGCCCAGGCAGUUGUUGGCGUCUUGAAAUGCCACGACGAGGUGGCGAACCGUCAUUUGCACGUCCGCUCCGUCGAGACAUGCCAGAAUGACUUGUUGGCCGCUUUUGAGGAGGUGACGGGCCACAAGUGGCCGGUUACACACGAUACCACCGACAAUCUUUUACAGAGGGGCAGGGAGAAGCGGGCCAGAGGGGAGAGUGGUUGGGUUUUGGAUCUUAUCGUUGCGCAGCUGUUGGAAGAGGGCACCGAUCGUCGCUCGAUUGUGGUGGCCCAGGACAAGGCAGACAACGAUAUCUUGGGCAUGCCGCACGAGGAUGUGCCAGGCAUGGUCAAGCGGAUUAUGAUGAGUGUAUGA